AGUGUCAUCCUCAACAGCGCUUUAAGACGCCUUUGUGGCCUGCUCGAGUCAGACUUGCCACGUACACCCUGCCAAGCAGAGGGGGCUCGCUGGUAAUGCAUGUGAGCCAUUUCUGUCUUGCGGUUAAAGAUGUUCUUUGAGGUGAUUGUGUUCUGAUAUGCCCAACCCCCCCCAGCGCCUUUGUUGGUUCCUUGUAUGACCUCACAGAAAAGUGAUGCUUUGGCUUUCAUUUCAGUCUGGGCCUGGCCUACUUCGAGCUCUGCUGAGGGCCUGCAUCACUGUCAGUGUGAAAUCAGGCCUUGAUGGAGCGGGGGCUUGUGUGGGGUGGGGGAGCCACUCAAAGCUGUCCUCUCAUGGCCAUAGCUGACCUCUGACCUCAGGAGGCACAGUGUGGGCAGCGUGAAACACACUGCUUCUGAGGACCAGUGAAAGUCUCCUUUGAGUGAGUGGGACUUCCAUCACCUGGUCUGAAAUGGUCACUGUUGAAGACUGUGACACCUUUUCACGGCACAACUGGCCACUUUGUCUGUGCUGAGAUCUUCAGAGGAGGAAGAGGAGGACUCUGUGCUGGAGACCCACCUUCCUGGCUGUCCGUCGCAUUUGCGAGUGCUUCUGUAGUUUCCCAGUAUGUAGAUUGUUGUUUAAAUAGCUUUUUACAUCAUCAUCAUCAUCAUCAUCAUCAUCAUCAUCAGCCUCUGGCCAAGGGUCCCACAAAGGGGGGGUCGGACGAUUAGUAAAAAAUUUAGAACAUACCGCAUAGACCCAAAUAAAAGAGGUUUUUUUUUCCUCAAAAUACAUUUGAAAAAGUGGGGUCAUCUUAUAUUUGUGAUUUAGACAAAAAAGAGAAUGAAUGGUGCCAAAUACGAUAUUUUGUAACGAGUGUUUUGCGUUACCGUAAUAUAGAUUUGCCGUGAGAUUUCUUACGUGAGACUGCCCUGGCUGUUUGUGUGUUCAGCCUGUAUCCCUGAGUGUCGUGUGAAUCGCUGGCUUCCCUGCCUGUGCCGCUGCUGGAAUUAAACUGAUGGUGGCUGUUAAUAAAGACAGUAACAUUCAUUUUUAAAGAGCUGUCAUAUCAGUUAUUAAUAUGGCUCAGUCUUUCUCCGCAGUACGUUUAUUUUUACUCGUGGAUCUGCUUCAUUGAAAACGUUCUGGGCUCUUAAGAGUUAUGGAGUUUGUAAUAUUCAUUAUUCCCAACCCCUCCCCCCAAUAAUACAUUUGUUUUUUGCAAUGUUUGCUGUUUAAUAUACUUGUUAUCUGGUUGCCUGUGAUUGCUUUUUAAGCUGUGGCUACUGGUCAACUUACUAUAUGUUCUUAAAAUAAUUUUUCUUUAUAAAGCUAAGAUUUGGUGUUCCAUACACAUCUUUUCUAAAAAGAGUGGCCAAAAAGUGGGGAGGUCAUCUUAUAAUUGGGGUUGUCUUAUAUUCGGGCCAAUAUGGUAAUUGGACUGGUCUGCCUUGGGUACCCGAUAUAAUUAUACUCAUGGGGCCCAAAAUCUCCGGCGGCACCCCGACUGUAAUCACUUGAGUCCUCUUUUCCAGUUCUGGACCGGCUGCUGGGAGAGCUCGAGAGGUUCCUGAUGGUCCUAGAUCGUGAGAACCUGAGCAGCGAGGCCACAGUGCAGAAGAGCCUGCUGUCUGAGCUUCUGAAGGACUACCUGACAGCCAGCGGUGUGAAUUCGGCAUCUGACGAGGAGUACAUCUACAUGAACAAGGUGUUAGUCAGCACACCAGUGCUGGAGAAGAGCGCAUGUGAUGGAGCAAACCUUCUGGGUGCCUCAACAACCAGCCGGGAAGACAAGCCUCCUCUGCCAAGCCUCCCCCAGCCUCUACUGUGCUCAUUGCUGGACUCCCCUGAGGGUUACUAUGAAGAGGCUCAGCCUUAUGACACUGCAACCAAUGAUGACGGCGAGGCCGUCAGCAGCUCCUAUGAGUCGUAUGAUGAGGAUGAGGCGGCCAAGGGCCGGUCAGCUGCUCAGCACCAGUGGCCGUCCACUGAGGCGUCCAUCGAGUUGAUGAAGGACGCUCGCAUCUGCGCCUUCCUCUGGAGGAAGAAAUGGCUUGGCCAGUGGGCCAAGCAGCUGUGUGUCAUCAAAGAGCAGCGCCUCCUGUGUUACAAGACUUCCAAGGACCAGAACCCCCAGCUGGAGGUCAGCCUGCUGGGCUGCACCGUGGUCUACAAGGAGAAACAGGUGAAGAAGAAAGAGCACAAGCUGAAGGUGGUCCCCGUGGGUGGAGAGGCCAUUGUGCUGGGUCUGCAGAGCAAGGAGCAGGGCGAGCAGUGGUACAAGGUCAUCCAGGAAAUCAGCGGGAAACCUUUGGAAAGUCCCGAAGUGGCCCAGCACCUGUCCGAUUCCCCGCGACACAUCUGCGCCAAGGGUGAGCUCAGCGAGAGACACUCUGCAGCCUCAGAAAGCGGCAGCAGCACUGACAGCCAUGCGGAAGCCACAGACGCCAAAGAUGGUGACUGGAAGAAGCGAUACGGCGCAGCUCUGAAGCUGAGCAACCUGAUGAACAUCGGUAAGAAGAAGCCCUCCGCCUUGGAGAGUCCGGAGAAGACCAUGGAGACGUCAGGGUACCUUAACGUCCUGGCAAACAGCCAGUGGCGAACACGCUGGUGUACCAUUAAGGACGGACAGCUGUGGUUCUACCAGGACAAGGGGAAGACCAAAGUGGCCCAGCAGCCCUUGGGCCUGGAGGGCUGCAUGGUUGUUCCAGACCCCAGCCCAGAACACCUCUACUCCUUCACCAUCCAGCAGGACGGGGAGCAGCUGGCCACGUUGGAGGCAAAGUCCUCUGCAGACAUGGGCCACUGGCUGGGCUUACUGUUGUCCCAGACUGGGUCCAAGACCAACCCAGAAGAUCUCACCUAUGACUAUGUGGACUCCGACCGUAUCUCCUGCAUCGUCAACGCAGCCAAAACCUCCAUGUACUUGAUGCAAAGGAGGAUUUCAGAGCCCAACACUUACAUAGACAGUCUGUCUGUGGCUCCUGGGGACCCUGAUGACAUCUAUGACAAUGUGGCCAACACUGAGCCGGAGUUGGAGCAGAACCAGGAUGCCCAGCAGAACAAGGAGGCUCAUAAGAGAGUAGAAGUCUCACAGACCAGUAAGGUAGACAUAGCUGAGCAAGAUGGGGUUGACCGAAUCUAUCUAGACCUCAUCCCUGUACAGUCUUUUCUGCAUGGUUGCCCCGGGAAGAAAGACCCUCCUCACUCGAGAGAGCGGAGCCCCAGUGACCAUCAUCAGGAGAAAGCGUCAGCGAGCCAGGAUGUGUCCCCUCCCAUACCCGAACCAAGGCCUCCACACACGCUGGUCGUUCCCUCUCAGCCAGCAGCCGCUGUUCCCCAGCUGCUGUCCAGACCUGAGCCAGAGUCGGCUAGCCCCCGCAACCGGGUCCACUCCCAACCUGCAAAGAUGUCUCUCGCCAGCCCGGAGCCCCUCAAGAAAGCCAUGUGCAGAUCAAACAGCCCUCAGCCCCACAAACAGGGCAGGCCCAGCUCCGAGGGCCUGGACCGGCCACGUGUUGCUGCACCUGCCGAGAUAAAACUGGGCAAGAAUCGCACAGAGGCCGACGUGCGGCGCUUCACUGAUGAACGGGACCAGCUGGAGAGGGAGAAGGAGCAGGUGCGGAACCAGCUGGCCAUGCUGCGUGGACAGAGGAAGGAGCUGAAGGAGGCUCUGGCUGCUGCCCGAGAGCCCAGCCUGCAGAGCUCACUGGAGCUGAAGCUGAAAGAUGCUGAAGAGGCCUGCAGAGUGCAGGAGCAAAAGAGGGUGGACCUGGAGCUCCAACUGGUGGACGUGAAAGAGAACCUGAAGAAAGUGGAGGCCGGACCCUUCACUCUAGGCACAGCUGUGGACAGCGGCCUCCUGGACAUGGUGAAGGUGACGGCACCCGGCACAGUGCCUGUGACGGCUUCUGCAAACGGAGAUGCUGCACCGAUCAACUCAGCCUCCACCCUGAAGAACAGGCCCCUGUCUCUCAUUGCGUCCAACAAGGGGAACGUCCUGCAAAAGGCCAAGGAAUGGGAGAAGAAGUCAACAACCUAGAGACCAGAUGACGGUCCCUCCCCAGGCUGAGGGCAGAGAACAAAACUCCACCCUCUGUUCUCCUGAAGACUGGAGGGCGUCCCGGAGACUGCCCUGACUCCUCGCAGUGUCACUGCUCUGACUCCUCGCAGUGUCACUGCCCUCACCCCAUCCCCCACCCCCGUCAUGGACAGAAAUCUCUGCUUCACACACAUUCCCAGGCCCUGUACUACGUUGUAGAAUAUUCCACCUUUAGUCUUAUUUUUAUUAUUAGAAGGGAUUUUAUAGUAUUGUUUUAAAAAACGUUUUUAUGCUUUGCACAUUGCAGAUUGGUUGGGCUUUACUGAUCUGGCAGAAUGAAAAGUACCACCCAGAUCUUUUGCCCCAAGGUACCCCCCAGAAAACCAGCAGCUUGGUACAAUUGGCGCUGAACACUGAGGACACCUAGUGGGUGGUGCUGGGCUUGCAGGCAGAAUGUAAAUACACAGUAGAGCCACUUGAAGCGUAAGCAUUGCCACAGAGGGGCACUUCAGGCGGAAGCGUAGAGUAGAAACACGCCAGUGUCAUUGUCUCUCCUACUCUGAGCAGCCAUGUCUGAUCUGCUUUUCUAAAUAAAAGAAUAUUUUUAAAAUA